AUGGCUAACCUACAGCCUAGGGUUAAAAUAGUUUUUGAUCCCGAAGAUCAGAGACCGGAUUUCCUGAAAUCAUCCUCUGCAGGAACAGCAACAACAAGCGAACCAUGUCCGGCGGAGGUUUGCAGUGACCAGACGGAAUGCUCCAUUCAGCGUUGUACGGUUGACGAAGUCAAUGCAACCUAUCCCUACCACCAUUCCAGGGAGAACCUCGUUGAUACUAUCGAGUUCAUCAACGUCGUCAUAGGUAAAAUAAGUUCCACUUUUUUCCACAAUCUGAAAAUUGGCACCCUCGCCUUCACUGAAGUCCGCGUGAAACAGCCAAUAUCGGCAGAAGUUCUAGAGAAUGUUAACUUUCUAGAUAACCUUUAUAUCCAAAAUUCUCCCACACUUGAAUCCAUGGUUUGGGAUUCAACUUUUGUGAACCGAAUUUCCGAUAAAUUGCAAAGUUUACAUUUAAGUAAGGAUCCUCCUAGCGGAUAUAACGUUAAACAUUUUGAGAACUUCUCCAGACUGCAGUUGGUCUCAUUAGACGAGGGGGUGCACAGGAUAGACUUCCUCUGCCACAUAAAAAACCUUAACACAAUUGAUUUUGUCUACGGACAGACGAAAAGCAUCGACUUCGAGACCAUCGCCUGCCUCCGCGAUAGAAUAACCAAAAUUGGUUUCUACUACAACGACUUAGUAUCAUUAAACUCAGAUCACUUGAUCAAUUUCAAAAGUUUGGAAGAACUGGAAAUCUAUUCUCCUUACAAAAUAACUAUCAAAAAAAACAUUUUUGACCUACUUGAUCGCGUCAAACUCAUCACAAAUGACCCAAGAAUUCAAAUAAAUUUGGACAAGUUAAAGGACAUGUUAUCUCCCUUCUCAAAAUUUGACUACUUCGGCGAAUUCGACAUUGACUUCGACGUAGACGAACUACCUGAGCGUGAUCCCAAGUUGAAUAAAAACAUCAUCAGCAAACACAAGCGAGCAAAAGUUGUAAAGAUGAACGUAACUACAGUUGAGAACGGGGUCCUAGUAGCCUGCCGAGUUACAGGGUACCCCGUAGUAACAGUCAAAAUUUCAUUUCCAAACAACUCAACAAAAACUAUAGAACCCAUAAAAGAUCUUUUACAUCGCGAGGUUGUAUUUAGUUAUACAAGUUUGAAUAAAAAUAAACUUGUAGGUACGUAUAAAUGUAUGGCCUCAAACAACCAGAGUACCUCUAACGAAGUGACGUUUCAAUUGGCAAAAUAUGACACUAAAAAAAAUGAUGGUGGUGGUAUGGUUGCGGUAGCGGCUCAUCAUUUAUUUGGGUUCAGUUUCGGAUUCAUUUUUGUUGCAUAUUCUUCGAAGUUUUUGAAUUUUUUAUGGACUUGGUAG